AACAAAUAAACGUCAAAAUUACAAAUUAUUUGGUUAUAUAUAUGAACCGAACAACACUUGCAACCUAUCUAAGCCAGUCCAACAAACUAACAACCAAACUGGCCUAGCCUUUCCCAUGGAGGCUUCAUCAAAUCAUACAAGAAAUCAAGUGAUGGACAUAUUAAUAGUUAUAGUAGCAUGUGUAAUUGUGCUAAGUGCAAGAAAUGUUGAGGCACGCACAGGCCAUCAUCACCAUCGUGCAACAAAAUCACAGUGCAUUCAGUAUUCAGCAAUAAGCUGCAGAGCUCACAGUGCUUCGAUAACGGAUUUCGGAGGAGUAGGCGACGGAGUAACAUCGAAUACAAGGGCUUUUCAGGCAGCUAUUGAUCAUUUAAGUCAGUUUGAGCUGCAUGGUGGAUCACAGCUCUUUGUACCUCCUGGAAGAUGGUUAACUUCUAGCUUCAAUCUCACUAGUCGUUUCACUCUGUAUCUUCAUAAAGAUGCUGUUCUUCUUGCCUCCCAGGAGGAAAGUGAGUGGGCAGUGAUUAAGCCCCUGCCAUCUUAUGGUCGAGGAAGGGAUACAGAUGGUGGAAGAUAUAUUAGUCUUAUAUUUGGCACUAAUCUCACCGAUGUCGUUAUAACAGGAGACAAUGGAACCAUUGAUGGUCAAGGUCAGGUCUGGUGGGAUAAGUUUCACAAGAAAGAGCUUACUUACACGCGUCCUUACCUGAUAGAAAUUAUGUUCUCUGAAAAUAUUCAAAUCUCCAAUCUAACUUUGAUCGACUCCCCUUCAUGGAAUAUUCAUCCUAUUUAUAGCAGCAAUAUAAUUAUUCAAGGCAUAACAAUCCUUGCACCAGUAAGAUCCCCAAACACUGAUGGGAUCAAUCCAGACUCUUGUACUAAUACUCGAAUUGAAGACUGUUACAUUGUUUCUGGAGACGACUGCGUUGCUGUUAAGAGUGGUUGGGAUGAGUACGGGAUUGCAUUUGGAAUGCCAACAAAACAGCUAGCAAUCAGGCGGCUAACUUGCAUUUCCCCAACAAGUGCAGUGAUUGCUUUAGGCAGUGAAAUGUCGGGUGGAAUUGAAGAUGUUCGGGCUGAAGACAUUUUAGCCAUUGAUUCAGAAUCCGGUGUUAGGAUCAAAACUGGUGUAGGAAGAGGCGCAUAUGUGAAAGAUAUAUAUGUCCGUGGAAUGACAUUGAAAACAAUGAAAUGGGCAUUUUGGAUGACAGGAGAUUAUGGUUCACACCCUGAUAAUAAUUAUGAUCCAAAUGCAAUUCCUGUGGUCGAAAACAUCAAUUACCGUGAUGUCAUUGCUGAGAAUGUGACCAUGGCAGCUAAGCUGGAUGGUAUUGCUGGUUAUCCAUUUACUGGAAUUUGUAUAUCGAAUGUUACCAUUGAAAUAGCCAAGUCCUCGAAAAAACUUGCAUGGAAUUGUACCAACAUUGCUGGAAUCUCAAGUUCUGUGACUCCGACGCCUUGUGCUCUAUUGGCAGAUCAGGGUCCAGGAAGCAUCUCAGCAUGUAACUUCCCAACAGAUAGCCUGCCGAUCGAUAAUGUUGAGAUGCAGAUGUGCUCUUACACAAUUGAACAACCAUGAGGUGGAAAUUAUCCUCGUGCGUUUGAUGCUCUGAUGAUACCAGUAGCUGUAUCAUGCUUAGAUUGUGAAAACAGAGAUCAUAACUUGUCAAAAUGUCAAAGGAAAUUCUUAAAAGUUUCGCCUAUAUAAAUGAUAUUAGUUUCAAUA